AUUUGCUGUUUGUGGGUUUUUAAUUGGCCCUUCGCCAUUACUGUGUAUCCUAGAAAUUCCACAGCAAAACUGUAAAGGAAAGCCGAGACACAAGCAAGUAUUAGCCAUUUUUAUAAACUUGAAGACAAGCUAGCAAAAGGAUCGAGAACCUGAGAAGAACUAUCAGUUGAGUAUCAAGCUACAGAAUGCACCCGCUACACUCGUUAUUGCUGGUCACUCUGGCCUGUUUGGUAACUGCCCAAGUGAACCCUGAUUUGGCGAGAUUAUGCAGCAGUGCAACAAGAUGCAACGAAUGCAUCAUUGUCAACUCCGAAUGCAUUUGGUGUGCUGAUCCAGCUUUCAAUGGAACUUCGCGAUGCUAUGCUAGAAUGGACACCUCCUUUACUUGCAACCCCACCUUCCUACAAGACCCUGAGGGCUCCACCACUAACGCUGCUACCCCACCUCUAGGGGGCACCAUUCAGGUGUCACCCUCAGAGAUUAAUGUGGCAGUUAGACCAGGAGCCCCUAUUACAUUUCCGCUCACGGUUCAACCAGCUCGUAACUUUCCUGUGGAUGUUUACCUCCUCAUGGACUUAUCUGCCUCCAUGAGGGAUGAUCUAGAGAACCUGAAGAGGCUUGGUUCUAGUGUGGCUGCUGAAAUUGCGGACAUCUCCACUAACUUUAGAGUUGGAUUUGGUUCUUUCGUGGACAAGCGAGUAUCCCCAUUUGUGUCACUGGAUAUUAAUCGUCAAGAAGAUCCGUGUCUCAGUGGUUGUGUGAGCACCUACAGUUAUAGACAUCACGUGGAUCUGACUGAUGAUUCACAGUUCUUUGAUAGUCAAGUUGAUGCUCAAGUAAUUUCUGGAAAUCAAGAUUCUCCAGAGGGUGGUUUCGAUGGAUUGCUCCAGUCUAUCGUUUGUACAGACUUAAUUGGAUGGAGGACUGUAUCUCGUAAGCUGCUUAUCUUCAUCACUGACGCUGGCUUCCAUAUAGCAGGGGAUGGGAAGCUUGGGGGUGUGGUCAUGCCUCACGAUGGCUUGUGUAAAAUCAGUGGCAACACAGCACCUCAGGACUAUAACGACUGGAUCACUCUGGACUAUCCCUCCAUUGGGCAGAUUGCUCAAGAACUGAGAGCAAACGAAAUCAUUCCAAUAUUUGCAGCUCAAGCGAGUGCACUGCCGGCUUAUCAGUCGCUGGUACGGGAAUUGGGAGAAGGAGCUUUCUCUGGAACGCUAGAUAGAGAUUCUGGAAACAUCGUAGAUCUGCUUCGAGACAGUUACAACAAUGUGUCUCAGAGGAUUGUAUUUGAUAGACAGCAGGUGCCAACUGGUGUCUCUGUGGAUAUCCAGCCAGCCAACUGCCCAGGGCCAAUCGUGGCGGGUGUUUGCACAGGUGUUCAGAUUGAAAAUAACGCUACAUUUAACGUAAUGGUCACACUACAAGAGUGCACUCCAGACAACAGUGGCACUGUAAUGGUUCCUAUUCGAGUGGUUGGAUUUGGAACUUUCACCAUCAACUUGCAAACAAUCUGCACCUGUCCUUGUGACACUGCCACAACUCCUAAUAGUCCAGCCUGCAACAGUAAUGGAACACUGGGCUGUGGACGAUGCGAAUGCAACCCUGGAAGGUUUGGUGAUGUGUGUCAGUGUGAUGCCACUGGACAAGGAGGGAUGAACAUGAUGUGCCCACUUGGCCCCACUGAAGUGCAGUGUACUAGUACUGACAGAGGGACCUGCGUGUGUGGAGAGUGUCAGUGUAGGAGAGAUCAAGCUGGUCCCCUGUUCUUUGGGCCUGCUUGUGAGUGCGACCGUGACGGCUGUCCCUCCUCCAAUGGAGAGCUGUGCUCUGCAAGGGGAGAGUGUACCUGUACCGGGUGUCGAUGCAAUUUAGAGCCCAACACUCAGAUGCCCUAUUAUGGAGAUGCCUGUGAAUGUUCACCUGAUACUGAUUGCGUUGACCCAAACAACUCCACUGCUGUGUGCAAUGGUAAAGGCACCUGUGGCUGCAAUGGACGGUGUGAAUGUCAAGAGCCUUAUCUCGGUGACUACUGCGAGAUUUGCUCAGGAGAUGAUAUAUGUCAGGAGGAAACUUGUGUUCUACAUGCAAACUGUACACAGUGUGCGGUGAAUUUCUUCGCUCAGGCUCCAAUGUCCCUUACCGAGGUGUUAACCAUUGAUAGUCUCGAGAACUUUCUGCCGAAUGGAACUUCUCUCGAGUAUGAUGCUUCGACUAACACGUUCCGAUUCCGCCUGUCCUCUGAUUACUGUUCCACUCAGGAGCUGACUUGCGCCCAGAAUAUCGUAGUGAUCAAUGGAACUGAUGAUGUCGACUAUAUGAUUGACAAUCAGAUGGUUCUUCGCUGUGAGUUUACUGACAUUGACGGGUGCAUCUAUCGUUACUAUGUGGGCGUGAAUGACGAGACUCAAGAAUUUACUGAUGUGCACGUAGAGUUCAGACGAUUUUGCCCUCUGCCGUUAAUGGUGACUGCCCCCUGGAUUAUCGCCGUGGCAAUCAUUGCUGCACUACUAGUGGCUGGAAUUGUUGCUCUUAUCCUCCUUAAAGUGUUCCUGUACAUCAUAGACUUCGUUGACUCAUAUAGAUUUCAAAAGGAGCUUGCAAAUACCAAGUAUUCUAAAAACACGAACCCACUCUAUCGCAGUGCUACCAAGGACUACCAGAAUCCAAUAUACGGACAGUAGUCUUGUCAACUGCCGGUUUUGCUGCCACAAAAUUAAAUUAUUGUUCAUAGCCAUUUUAGCGCCCUUGUGUGUGUGCACGUUAUUUACUGUUGUAUAAUAAUUAUAGGAAAUGGAAAAGACUUAUUUUCAGUACAGUGUAUACAUAUUAUAUAGUUUCUGCAGUAACUGUUCAUCAAUUUUUAUCUUGUCA